GACAUAACAGAUGAGUAAUUCUGAUUUCUGAACGCUCUUUGUGAAUGGUCGAUUUUCCUGUUUGCUGUUCUCCAUUUGCUGAAAGUGUUUAAUUUGUUACAACCCGUGCUCUGUUCCAAUUCUUAUUAUUUCGUAUUAUAAGUUAUGAUUAUUUUUUAUUUAAGCGUUUAAAGUUCGAUCAUAAUAGUUGAAUUUUGAUAAUUACUACGACUUGGGUGGUACUUUUGCGUUUAGACGGGAGCCAUCUUGCAAUCUCUAAUCAAAGGUCCUUGGCUCACAGUUUCGUUGUCUAGCUGAAAGUCAGUUUAUUCCAUCAUAAAAUAAUCAAAUGGCGUUAAAACGAAUUAAUAGGGAAUUACAAGAUCUGGGCAGAGAUCCACCAGCACAAUGUUCUGCAGGCCCACACGGUGAAGAUCUGUUCCAUUGGCAAGCCACAAUUAUGGGUCCAGUUGACAGUCCUUAUCAAGGAGGUGUAUUCUUUUUGACCAUACAUUUUCCAACAGACUAUCCAUUCAAACCACCAAAAGUUGCAUUCACAACGCGUAUUUACCAUCCUAACAUAAACAGUAAUGGUUCCAUUUGUCUUGAUAUUCUGCGCUCACAGUGGUCGCCAGCACUCACCAUAUCCAAAGUGUUGCUUUCAAUCUGCUCACUUUUAUGUGAUCCAAACCCAGAUGACCCGUUGGUGCCAGAAAUUGCUAGGAUCUACAAAACUGACAGAGAAAAGUACAAUGAACUAGCCCGUGAGUGGACAAGGAAGUAUGCCAUGUGAUGAGUCAAUUGUGACGUCAGUAACACAUACACACACAUCGCCACAGCCCGGGCUCUAGUCCCCCCCCCCCUCUCCCUCGACCCUAUCCCCUGUCCCUGCUCCCUAUCCUGUCAUUCUCUUAAAACAUAAAUUAUACUGGAGAUUGUAAAAUUGUUCAUGGUCAUUUUGGAUCUGUCUAAGUUUUGUCUAUCUGACAAUAUUUAUGUGCAAAUUUACUGCAUCUAAGUAAAUAUUACGCAUGUGCAAAAUACAGUUUCUGGUUUUGUCUAUAAUUACGUACAUUUUCUAUAAGAGCAAAAUUUCAUUUUGUUUACAUUGAUGUGUCAGUAGAUGUCUUUACACUCUUUAGUUGAAGUUUAAAGAUUAGUUAAAUUUACAUGAUUUGAAUUUAUGUAAUUCCUAAACUAUUUGUACUUUAACUAGGAUUUAAAUUGCAUUGUAAAACUGUACAAUAGCCAUAUGUUUAGGAAAUGGAGCGUUCCUUGCUUACAUCUUGUCCAGUUCACUUAGGAAUUUUGUCAAUGAUAAGUGAAGCUCAUAAGUGUUAAGAACAUUUUGGGUAAUGUAAGUAAGCGGUAUAACAAAAUGAGCUCGUUGACGGAGUCGAAUGAGUGUUAUUUUUUUUUUACUAGAAACAUCGUUUUUUAAGUUAGUAAAUGUAGCGUGCUACAGACCACACUGACAUUGAUUGGUCAGUUUUCUUUCAUCCACAAUAUUUUAUGACAUUGAAAAACGCUCCAAUAGUUAAACGUUCAGUAUAAAAUUACAGUGUAUCUCAUAAGAUGAUAAGUUACAAUUAAUCUAGAUUUUUUUCAAUAUGGCAAACUUUAUAUUAUAAUUUUAUCUAAUAUAUAUUGUGGUUGUAAGGACACCUGCGUUGUAAUUUCCACAUUAUGUCCCAUCCAGAGUUCCAUCCUUGUUUCCCUCGGUACAUUGAACAAUACUUAGAGAACAGUCGAGUGUCUUGGCAUUAGUGGCAAAAUAUGAUGUGUUAUACUUACAGCUGCAGGCAAGCAAGAGGAAGCUUUCGUUCACUUGGUAAACACUGGGAGAUAUAAAAAAUAAAGCUUUUAAAUUGUAAUCAAUCAACAUCUUGUGUUUUAGCUUCACUAAAUUGUAAGAAACAAUAAAUUAUUGUGUAUGUAAAUAACACUCUGAGCUUUAUUUAGGCGUCAUCCUAAUAAGUGAGCAGCUGUAAAUAAAUCACUUUGAAGUUUUAAAUUAGUUGGCAUAGUUUCUCACAGGUCGCUGACUGACCACAAACAAUGCCAAAAUUAGAAUGUUUUCUUCCUGCUAAGAUUUAUUUUUGCAGAAAUGCGAUCUAAAGUAAAAUAUGUCAACAAGGCAUUUCCCGGGUCUUGUAUAGUGCUAUUGUUUUUAUUUGGUAUACUGAAAGAAACCAUGUGUUUGCGCAAAAACUAUGUGGUAAUACUCAGGACCUAGGUGAAAAAUGUUUGCUCUCUACAAGUGCUAGGCUUUAGUUGGCCAGAUUUUUAUAAAAUAUGCUCGAUGUGUUAGGAAUAUCAAUUAAAGCGCCAUCUAUCGAGAAAACCGAAAAUUCUUAUUGAGAGGGGGUGGUAAAUUAAUAUUUCAAUAUUUGCACAUAAAUAAGUACAUUUUUAGAAUGUAUUGAAAUUGCUUAAAAUAUUUUUCUUCGCUUUUGAGCGUGGUAUAUUAAAAAUAAAACAUUUUUUGUGUAUUUUUAAGUCAUUAUAGUAAUGUUGUACUGAC